UUUCUAGGAGGAGCAGGUGGAGAUUACCAGUCCAAUUAAACAAGAUUCACAAACGACACUUUUUAUGUGCGACCCUUUCGAUAUUUUCACCAUUUUUGUUUCUUUUCCUCUCUUCCGUUUCAAAGGCUUCGACUUUUCGUUGUUCUUGGCUCCUCUUGUUAUACUAUGGGAUGGGGAAACAUUUACAAAAGGCGGGUGAGAGUAUUCGCAGUGGCCAUAAUGAUCUAUCUUGAUUAUAAGGCUAUACAGCAAAGAGAUAAAUGGACCAUCAAAUCCAAAAAAACUGCUUUGUGGGAGAAGGCACAUGAGCGCAAUGCUAAGCGUGUCCUCAACUUGAUAAUAGAGUUGGAAGGUUUGUGGGUAAAACUUGGCCAGUACUUAUCCACACGUGCUGAUGUGCUUCCUCAUGCAUAUAUAUCUCUUCUCAAGAAGUUACAGGACUCUCUUCCUCCUCGUCCCUUGCAAGAGGUUUGCCAGACUAUACAGAAAGAAUUGGGGAAAUCCUUGGAUGAUCUUUUCUCAUAUUUUGACAGAACUCCUUUGGCAACAGCAUCAAUUGCACAAGUCCAUCGUGCAACAUUGAUAAAUGGGCAGGAGGUGGUUGUUAAAGUUCAACAUGAGGGCAUAAAAACAAUUAUAUUAGAGGACUUAAAGAAUGCCAAGUCAAUUGUUGACUGGAUAGCAUGGGCAGAACCACAAUAUGACUUUAAUCCCAUGAUAGAUGAGUGGUGCAAAGAAGCUCCAAAAGAACUUGACUUCAAUAUUGAAGCUGAGAAUACCAGAAUUGUGUCUAGUAAUCUUGGUUGCAGAAAUAAAAAUAAGGAUAGCAGGCAUGCCAAUCAAGUGGAUGUUUUAAUACCAGAGGUUAUUCAGUCAAGUGAAAAAGUCCUAAUUUUAGAGUACAUGGAUGGAAUUCGUUUGAAUGAUCUUGAAUCUCUUGAAGCUUAUGGUGUUGACAAACAAAAGGUUGUUGAAGAAAUAACACGAGCCUAUGCUUAUCAAAUAUAUAUUGAUGGAUUUUUUAACGGCGACCCUCAUCCUGGAAAUUUCCUGGUGAGUAAGGAUCCUCAACAUCGGCCAGUUUUACUUGAUUUUGGACUUACAAAGAAAAUAUCUUCUUCUAUAAAACAAGCACUGGCCAAAAUGUUUCUAGCAUCUGUUGAGGGGGACCAUGUAGCCCUUUUGUCAGCCUUUGCAGAAAUGGGGCUCAAGCUGCGUCUGGACCUUCCGGAGCAGGCUAUGGAAGUAACAAAUGUUUUCUUUCGUACUUCAACGCCAGCGAAUGAAGCUUUUGAAAACAUGAAAUCUUUGGCCGAGCAAAGAUCAAAAAACAUGAAGGUAAUACAGGAAAAGAUGAAGCUCAGCCAAAAAGAAGUUAAACGCUUUAAUCCAGUUGAUGCAUUUCCUGGAGACAUUGUAAUAUUUUCAAGGGUCCUCAAUCUUUUGAGAGGGCUUUCAUCAACGAUGGACGUCCGCAUCAUAUAUCAAGAGAUCAUGAGACCAUUUGCAGAAUUUGCUCUGCAAGGAAACAUCAAUAAGGGACCGACAGUAAAUGCACAAUGGAUCCACAAUACACCUGUUCAUUCAGAUGUAGAGACAAAGUUGAGGCAGCUUUUAAUUGAGCUUGGGAAUGAAGACAAAAUACUUGGAAUCCAGGUGUGUGCCUACAAAGAUGGAGAGGUCAUUAUUGAUACUGCUGCAGGAGUCCUUGGAAGAUAUGAUCCUCGCCCAGUUCAGCCUGAUAGCCUUUUUCCUGUUUUUUCUGUGACAAAGGGAAUCACAGCAGGAAUGUUACAUUGGCUCGUUGACAAUGGAAAAGUCAAGCUCGAUGAUAGUGUUGCUAAUAUCUGGCCACAAUUUGGAACUAGUGGAAAAGAUCUUAUAAAGGUUUAUCAUGUGCUUAACCAUACAUCUGGCUUGCACAAUGCAUUGUCCAACCUUAGAGAAGAAAAUCCUAUGCAACUAUGUAACUGGGAUGAAUGCCUGAAUCAGAUUUGUCUUUCAGUACCUGAGACAGAGCCUGGCAAGGAGCAGUUAUAUCACUAUCUGUCUUUUGGUUGGCUGUGUGGUGGAAUAAUUGAGCAUGCCUCCGGUAAGAGAUUUCAGGAGAUCCUUGAAGAAGCAAUUAUUCGGCCCCUCAAAAUUGAAGGCGAGCUAUAUGUAGGAAUUCCUCCUGGUGUGGAAUCUCGACUGGCAACCCUGAUGGUAGAUAUGAAUGAUCUCAGCAAACUUGUAGAGAUGAGAAGUCGUCCUGACCUGCCAUCCACCUUCCAGCCAAGCAACAUUACCCAACUAUUAACUACUGUGCCUGCUUUAUUUAACAUGCUGAUUGUGCGCCGUGCAACCAUACCCGCUGCCAACGGACAUUGCUCAGCCCGUGCUCUUGCGCGGUACUAUGCAGCCCUUGCUGAUGGAGGCCUGACUCCACCACCGCAUUCCUCUUUCACCAAGCCAGCCCUCGGUAGCCACCCCCACAUUCCCAAAUUUUCUUCCGAGAAAACCCCUAAAAAGCAAAAAGGUAAACGCAAGGAAGUGACUACAACUUCAAAGAAGAGAUCCAGUGAUUAUUCAAGGAACCAUAAUAAAGAUUUGGAGGAGGGUAAUAAUGGUAAUGAUGGUUACACCAGGCUUGCUACUGAUGGCAGCAGCAGUGCUAGUGCUGCUGACAGCUUUGCAGGCGGUGAUGGUAACAAAAGAGAUAAUGUUACAAGGAUUUUUACUGAUCCUAGAAUUCACGAUGCAUUUUUGGGAGUAGGCGAGUAUGAGAACUUGGCGGUUCCAAAUGGAAAAUUUGGACUAGGAUUUAGGAGGAAUAGUUCAAAUGAUGGAUCUUUAAUUGGCUUUGGACAUUCAGGAAUGGGGGGAUCCACAGGGUUUUGCGAUAUCAAAAACAGGUUUGCUAUUGCAGUGACUGUGAACAAAUUGUCAGUCGGUUUUGUGACUAGAAAAAUCGCUGAGCUUGUUUGUUCAGAGGUGAAUGUCCCAUUGCCGGAAGAGUUGUCAAUUUCUGGUGAAAGAGGACCCGAUUUAGAGCUAAAUAUAGGAAAACCAUUGAUUAACUAAGUAGCGGUUGUAACCUGUAUUGUAAUUUGCAUAGGAUCUCAGUUGCAUAUUUAAAGAUGUAAUAAUGAUGUUAUACACGAUUAGUUUUAAAUUAAUCAAAAGGUGAAAAGUGAAUAGA